UGUCGGCCUUCCCGGUUUUCCUAUUGGCUGGCGCGGUUGAGGUGAGCGAGUAGACGCUGUGGUGGCGGAGGACGUGAAGCGCGCGUGCGCACUCGGCGCCGAUCCCAGGAGAGGAGAGGAACCCGCUGCUUCCACACGGGAGAGAGAGAACACCCCCCACCUUGCUGUUACUAGUCUCCGCAACUCCCCUCAGAUAGUCAAACUCUCCGGGCCGCCAUGGUGGACUAUCACAUGACCGGCGGCAGCAGCAGUAGCAGCGGUGGCAGGGGCGGCUACAUUUCUGCCGAGGGGAAAUACAUGGAGCAGGAUGACGAAUGGGACCGGGACCUGCUACUCGACCCGGCCUGGGAGAAGCAGCAGCGCAAGACUUUCACUGCUUGGUGUAACUCCCACCUGAGGAAAGCUGGCACUCAGAUCGAGAACAUUGAUGAGGAUUUUAGAGAUGGGUUGAAGCUCAUGUUACUUCUGGAAGUCAUUUCAGGAGAAAGGCUUCCGAAACCGGAACGAGGAAAGAUGAGGGUCCAUAAAAUUAAUAAUGUCAACAAAGCUUUGGACUUCAUUGCAAGUAAAGGAGUGAGGCUGGUCUCUAUUGGAGCUGAAGAAAUCGUUGAUGGCAAUUCUAAGAUGACACUGGGUAUGAUUUGGACCAUCAUUCUGCGGUUUGCCAUUCAGGACAUCUCUGUGGAAGAAACCUCUGCAAAGGAAGGAUUGUUACUGUGGUGUCAGAGAAAGACGGCGCCAUACAAGAAUGUCAAUGUACAGAACUUCCACAUAAGCUGGAAGGAUGGCCUGGCUUUUAAUGCCUUGAUUCACAGACACCGACCAGAGCUUAUAGAAUAUGAUAAACUAAGAAAGGAUGACCCAGUGACUAACUUGAACAAUGCCUUUGAGGUGGCGGAGAAGUACUUGGAUAUCCCCAAGAUGUUAGAUGCUGAAGAUAUUGUGGGCACUCUCAGGCCUGAUGAGAAGGCCAUAAUGACCUACGUUUCCUGCUUCUACCACGCUUUCUCUGGGGCUCAGAAGGCUGAGACAGCUGCCAACAGAAUCUGCAAGGUCCUGGCAGUAAAUCAGGAGAAUGAGCAUCUGAUGGAGGAUUAUGAGAAACUAGCCAGCAGUCUCUUGGAAUGGAUUCGCCGCACAAUUCCAUGGUUGGAAGAUCGUCAGCCUGAGAAGACCAUGCAAGACAUGCAGCAGAAACUAGAGGACUUCCGAGACUAUCGUCGUGUACACAAACCACCAAAAGUGCAGGAGAAAUGCCAACUGGAGAUAAACUUUAACACCUUACAAACCAAGCUAAGGCUCAGUAACCGGCCGGCUUUUAUGCCAUCUGAGGGGAAGAUGGUGUCGGACAUUAACAAUGGCUGGCAGCAUUUGGAGCAAGCAGAAAAGGGUUAUGAGGAAUGGCUCUUAAAUGAGAUUCGUAGGUUGGAGAGGUUGGACCACUUGGCUGAGAAGUUCCGACAGAAAGCCUCUAUUCAUGAAAGUUGGACUGAAGGCAAGGAGACUUUGUUGAAGAAGAAGGACUUCGAAACGGCUACCCUUGCAGAGAUCAAGGCUCUGAUCCGAAAACACGAGGCCUUCGAGAGUGACCUGGCAGCCCACCAGGAUAGAGUGGAGCAAAUUGCUGCCAUUGCACAAGAGCUGAAUGAACUUGACUAUUACGACUCCCCCAGUGUAAACGCACGUUGCCAAACGAUCUGUGACCAGUGGGAUGUCCUGGGGUCACUGACACACCUCAGACGAGAAGCCUUAGAGCAAACAGAAAAGCAUUUGGAGAACAUUGACCAGAUGAACCUGGAGUAUGCCAAGAGGGCAGCACCGUUUAAUAACUGGAUGGAGGGGGCCAUGGAGGAUCUCCAGGACAUGUUUAUUGUACACACAGUUGAAGAAGUGGAUGGCCUUAUCACAGCCCAUGGCCAGUUUAAGUCCACUCUGCCAGAUGCAGACCGCGAGAGAGAAGCCAUUCUUGACAUCCAGCGCCAGGUCCAGAAGAUUGCUGAUUUGAACAACAUUAAGUUGACCGGUGGAAACCCCUACACCACAGUUACGCCAGAGAUCAUUGAUUCAAAAUGGGCGAAGGUACAACAGCUUGUCCCCAAGAGAGACAAUGCUUUGAAGUCAGAGCAGGACAAGCAACAGUCCAACGAGCGCUUGCGUCUGGAGUUUGCCAACUUGGCUAAUGUGGAGGGACCUUGGAUCCAGAGCAAGAUGGAGGAGAUUGGAAGGAUUGCCAUUGAAAUGGAUGGAACUCUGGAGGACCAGAUGAGCCAUCUGAAGCGGUACGAACAGAGCGUCAUAAACCACAAGCCCAACAUAGACAAACUGGAGCAACAGCACCAGCUCAUUCAAGAAGCCCUGAUCUUUGAUAACAAGCACACCAACUACACCAUGGAGCACUGUCGUGUUGGCUGGGAACAUCUCCUAACCACCAUUGCUAGAACCAUUAAUGAAGUGGAGAAUCAAAUUCUAACACGGGAUGCCAAGGGCAUCAGUCAGGAACAGAUGCAUGAGUACAGAGCAUCCUUCAACCACUUUGACAAGGACCAUACGGGUGCUCUGGGACCUGAAGAAUUCAAAGCUUGUCUCAUCAGUCUGGGCUAUGAUGUGGAAAAUGAGAGACAGGGUGACGCAGAAUUUAACCGAAUCAUGGCAAGCGUGGAUCCCAACAAUUCAGGCAUGGUGACCUUCCAAGCUUUCAUUGACUUUAUGUCAAGGGAGACCACAGACACAGAUACUGCAGACCAAGUUAUCGCAUCUUUCAAGGUCCUUGCUGGAGACAAGAAUUUCAUCACAGCAGCAGAGCUGCGCCGGGAGCUGCCACCAGACCAGGCAGAAUACUGCAUCUCUCGCAUGGCACCAUACCACGGUCCCGAUACUGUGCCUGGAGCUUUAGAUUACAUGUCCUUUUCUACUGCAUUGUAUGGCGAGAGUGACCUGUGAGCAUGAUGGGGAAAGAGAUCGACACUGCCCUACUGCCCUCCAUCAGCUACUAAUGCCUCUAAUGCUGAAGGGGUGAAGCUCUGGAGGGACUAAGGGGGGAACGGGGGACGCUGGCCUUUACUGGCAUCCCACUAUCGGGGGAGAGAGGGAGGGAAUCAAAUGAGCUUAUUCCCUUUGCAAGGAGGGAGGAGAAGGCAGAGCAGAAGCUGCAGGACCACUCCUCCCCCCUCUGCAAAGCUAUCUAUGCAACGGCUAAGGGGCAGGGGUGCUUCCAUACACCGCUGGCACGUAGACUGCGCUUCUGGGUAACCUUUUAUAUAUUGCACCCUGUACAGAUUCUCCACAGACCCCUCCCUCCCUCCCUUGGGUUAUUUAUUCCUGGUCCUUAAAGCCCGUGUGAGGUGCCUGGUCCUAGCCUCUGCCACACAGGGUUCCUAAGCAUUCCUGUUUCUGUUCUUACCUUGUUCAUCACCGUUUAAUUGUGCCACGUUGUUUUGGCGACAUCACAACAUAUAGGGCUCCACACUGCAGGCAGGGGAGAGAUCCAUUAAUAGGGGGUGCGUCACCUUCCCCCAGCUAUUUUAUCACAUAUUUCCAGAUAGGGGCACCAUUAUUAUUUUUUUCUGCUUAUCAGAGGCAGCUGGUAUUCUAUUAUAAGAUCUGUUACAAGAACCCACAACAAGCCAAGGGGGAAUCGUGUCAUUCCACUUUUUUUUUUUAAUCAAUCAUGUUUGAGGCGUUUGGAAUAAUGGUAAAGAAUCCGAACACCAGACCAACAUUCCUACUGCAUUCUGUCACCCCGGGUGACCAAAACAAAUAAUGUAUCAUUACAUUCCAAGAUUUGCAUAAUAUUUUGGUGACGGACUUCUUUUCUUUGCUAUACAUCCCAUUUUCUACAUUCCUGAACUUCCCAUCACAUCAUGAGAAUGCUCUAUUUUUUUUUUUCGUGUCUCUAUUCUGGCCCUGUCAAGGUUUUUAUUUUUUUCCCUAAGGACCAAAAAAAUAAAUAAAAAAUUAUAAUAAAACUUUAAGAGGGUUACUAUUUACUUAAUUUAGGGGAUUUAUGAUAUAAAUAUAUAUUCACCUAGCAAAACCUUAUAUUUGCAUUUUUUUUUUUUUUUUUUUGUCUUUAAAAUAAAGGUUGCUGAUUGUUACCACAAAGUCUGUAACAUUCCUUGUCUCAUCUUUUUAUACCAGCGGCCCACCAGGAGAAAUGUCAGGGGGCAGCAUCUCUUUCUAUCAUUCCUGCACCUCCUACAACUCCUUACAGAACAAUAAAAGUAAUAUUUUUAAAAU